CUCGGCAAGUAACUGGAGUUCGGUGAUUCGAUCGUUUGUAUGGAUCUCGCUCGACGAUCGAAUCGAAUUUGGCGCCGCGGGUUCGUUAGUUAUCCGCGACGCCGCUAGAUAGCGAGACCUACCGGUAGUCGGACACCGCAAGUACACGAAAUCGUCGACAGUGGCUCUGUAACGUACCUGACAGAUCAGUGGUUUGUAUUUUGGAGAAAUCGAGGAUUACUUGGAGUUAAGAAAAUUAAGACGAUAUGGAACCCCAAGACGUUUACUACAGUAAAGCGGAAUACGUAGAAACGGCAUCCGGGAAUAAAGUAAGCAGACACACUGUUUUGUGUGGUUCGCAGAAUAUUGUGUUACACGGUAAGGUGAUCGUACAGUCGGAUGCUAUUAUCAGAGGCGAUUUGGCAAACGUUAGGACGGGACGUUAUUGUAUUAUCAGCAAGAACGCUAUUAUAAGGCCACCGUUUAAGAAGUUCAGCAGAGGCGUUGCCUUCUUUCCUUUGACGAUGGGAGAUCACGUGUUCGUAGGAGAACGGGCGGUGAUUAACGCAGCUAUCGUCGGCUCUUACAUAUACAUAGGAAAAGAUGCAGUGAUCGGGAGAAGGUGCGUCCUGAAAGACUGUUGCUACAUCGAGGAUGGAGCGGUGGUACCACCGGAGACCGUGGUACCCUCGUUUACCCGUUUCGCCGGCAACCCUGCCAAGUGCGUCGAAGAUUUACCCGAGUGCACGCUCGACCUCAUGCUGGAAUUCACCAAAAAUUACUAUCAACACUUUUUGCCGUCCAACGUUUAACGGGUUUGUACGCGCGUGGAGAAUAGAAUUUAUACGGAAACAUGUUAAUAUUCGCUACUAA